GGCAAUUUUCUGCUUCAAUUUUAGGGUCACGCUUUAGUUUGGAGAACAUAUUCACUAUUAACUACAACUUCUGACACAGAAAUCCUAAUUUACUGCUUAUUAUUAAAGUCAAGUCACUUUCAUUUAUAUAGCGCUUUUUACAAUGCAGAUUGUGUCAAAGCAGCUUUACAGUGAUAACUGGUAAAAAAAUUUUGGCUACGCAGCAGCUCUUAAAGAAAAUUGUGUCAUUGACCAGCUAAAAUAAAUUCAGUAUCGAUUCAUUUCUUUGUAAAAUCAAUAGUUAUUAGUUUAAAAUGAAUUAAUAUUAAGUUUUAAAACUAGAGAUGUUCGAUUCUAAAACAAAUUUUUGCAGUAAAUGCUAAGCCGGUUCACCAAAUUGAACUGAAUCAAGACACACAUCCAAAGUAGCACGCAUGGUCUUUGUGCAGCACUGAAUGAGCCAAUAUGAACACGUCCUGACAGGUUAUUAAACCAAAGAACCAGUUCGAAAUGAGUUAAGUUAUUAACACAAAAAUAAACAUGAAUGAACAUCAGAAGGUAUGUUGUUUCAACUGCGGAAAGUUGUCAAUACACACCAUUUUUUCAAGUUCAAGUCCACCAAGGUUAAUCUACUAAUGAUUCUCUACAGAAACUUUUUUUGUUAUGCUGGUUGAAAGUCUUCUCAUAUCCUGAUAGCAAUCACUAUGUUAAGCAGUCUAAAUGUAUUUUUAUAAAUAUACAUCGUCUGUGGAAGACGCAGGUCCAUAAAAUGUUUGUUCAAUCAUUGCAUUUGGUCUGAAUGAAACGAUAGCAUCGAUAGCACGAUAGUGUUCCCUGUCAGUCAAUGUGUGUUUGCAUACCACUGCGCAGCCUGUUCACGCAGACAUCAUACGUCAUCAGCGUGUUCACAUACGCUGUGCAGACAGAGCGAGAAUGGCAGGCAAACAGCAACAACCUACUUUUUCUUUAGUAGUACUGUUACUCACUGUACUGUUAAGUUUCCUCACCUGUGAAUGACACGAUGUAAUACAAUAACGUUGUCUCUGGUAGUCUCGUUUCUGGUCUGUGCGCGUCGUCAGUGUUGCCAAGUUUGGCUACUUUAAUACUGUUGCUGCGGGUUUUUCAUGUCCACGGGUUGAAGCGACCACAAAUAACAUGAUAUUUAGCCCCUGGAAUGCAAAUUUUACCAGGGGAACCCACCAAAAAUGCGGAUUUUACCCCCCAGAAUGCGAUGGGACCGUUUUGAGCAGCAAUUGGGCAGGUUUUGUUGUGAAAACCUGGCAACCCUGGGGAUUGUAUGCUUUCAAUGCUAGAACGCUAAAGUUAGCAUUUCCUAGAUAACUUAUUGCACCUUUAAUUUAAUCAAGUUCAAACUACAUGAAGUAUUUGAGUGGAGAUAACAUUUUUUCAUCAUGUGGAAUCACUGUCUACGAUUGAAUCAUGUUCAGACAAGAGUUUUUUUUUUUAGUGUAAAAUAAUAAGUUGAGUUUAUUUUCUCUUAAGAACUUAAAUAACUUUAAGUAGCCUAUAUUUGAGUAAAAUUAAUUUGUUUCAUUUUGUAAAUUUGUACAAUAACAAUGAAUUGCCAUGCGAUUGUGUUGGUUGUAGUCGUCGUGUUUAUCUUCUUGUUUUUCAUCUUUCCUUUAGCGAUUCUGCAGGUCCUAAGUAAAAGGUGCCCUUCGCAUUUACUUGCAGCAUCUCUUUGGAUUAGUAACUGUGUCUGAUUCUGAUGUAUCUGAUUAUGCCAGUUCUGUGCUAUGAUUGGGCAACUGACAAGUCUGGAGGGGCCUGCCAUUUGUAUUUGAGGGAUAUACUGUAUAGUUCAGUAUGUAUGAGACAGGAGUGUGUGAACUGACCAUGAAUGAAGAUUUCGCUGAAAACAGGAAUAUUUCUAUUCCAUCUUAUUUCUAUAUCAGUGGUUUUUCUGGUAUACCUCACGUGAGAUACUAUUACAUGUUCUUGUUUUUUGUUUACAUAAUUUCUUUGCUUGGAAACUCCUGCCUCAUGUUUGUUAUCAUUAUAGACAGAAAUCUUCACACUCCUAAAUAUAUCGCUGUCUUUAAUUUAUCAUUGACAGACAUUUGUGAGAGUACCGCUGUGAUCCCUCAGCUACUGGACACAUUUUUGUUUGGGAAUCAGUUGAUCCCAUAUGGAUUGUGUUUGUGUAAUAUGUUCUCUGUCUUUGUAUUUAUUUCAACACAAUCACUAACACUUGCUGUUCUGUCUUUUGACAGAUUCAUAGCCAUUUGUUUACCACUGAGGUAUCAUAUGAUUGUGACCCAUAGAUCAAUGCUUGUUAUAAUUGGAGUCACAUGGGCAGUGGCACUGUUUAUGAUAAUUGCUGCUACAAUUUUCAUCAGUAGUCUUUCUUUCUGCAGAGUUAUUGUCAUCUUAAACAGUUUCUACUGUGAUCAUGGGCCUAUAUAUCGUUCUGCCUGUAGCAAUAAUUUUCCAAGUUCUGUGAUAAACAAUUUGAACCCGAUAGUGAUUCUCGGGUUUCCAGCAUUUUUUAUUAUCUUUUCAUAUGCAUGUAUAGCUGUAACAUUGUUCAGAAUCACAACCCCACAAGACCGUCAAAGAGCCACAAAGACAUGUACUGCUCAUUUAAUAUUAGUGGCCAUAUUUUAUGUACCUAUCACUUUUACAUAUGCACUUUCGUCCAUUAUAAACACUAACACAAGGAUCAUUAAUCUCUCUCUGACCUCUGCGCUUCCUCCAAUGCUUAACCCUAUAAUCUACACAUUCAUGACAGAAGAGUUCAUGGUGUCUGUGAAAAGAGUCCUUAAACGGAGAAUCAUAUUCCCAUCUCCAAAAUAAACCUCUUUAUCUACAUUUUAAUUACAUUAUUACUAUUAGACACUUUUGUGUUUUUUUUUUUCUUUUUUUUUCUGUGAAUGUUUAGAAUAAUGUAUGCUUCUAUGAUAUCACAGGUUCUUUAAAAAGCCAGACAACAGGUAUCAUGACCUCAUUAACAAAUUUUGAAACCACUAACAAACUACUGUAAUGUAUUUUUUUUUAAAGCCACAAUUUACAUUAUGAAAAGAAAGAAAAAAGAACCCAAUAAAACAAAUAAUGUGAUGGUUAAAUCAUCCUUUAGUGUGUAUUUCUUUUGUUCUGACAUACAUUGAAGGAAUGCACUGUGGCCAAGUAGCAAAAAC